AUGCCCAUAGAAGAUAAAAAUAAUAACAACAGCAAUCAACUAAAACAUAUACAAAUUGGAGGUAGAAAAUCAAAAUUAGCAGUAGUACAAUCAGAAUUAGUUAAACAAGCAAUACAAACAUAUUAUCCAGAAAUAGAUUGUUCAAUAUUAGCAUUAUCUACAUUAGGAGAUAAAGUACAAACUCAACCAUUAUAUACAUUUGGAGGUAAAUCAUUAUGGACAAAAGAAUUAGAAAUAUUAUUAAUUGAUCAAAUUGAUGAAUUCCCCAAAUUAGAUUUAAUUGUACAUAGUUUAAAAGAUAUGCCUACUCAUUUACCCGAAGAAUUUGAAUUAGGUUGUAUUUUCCAAAGAGAAGAUCCAAGAGAUGCAAUAGUUAUGAAAAAAGGAUCACAAUUUAAAAAAUUAAGUGAUUUACCUUCAGGAUCAAUAGUUGGUACUUCAUCAAUUAGAAGAUCAUCACAAUUAAUUAAAAAUUAUCCACAUUUAAAAUUUGAAAGUGUUCGUGGUAAUAUUCAAACAAGAUUAAAUAAAUUAGAUAAUCCAUUAAAUGAAUAUUGUUGUUUAAUAUUAGCAAGUGCAGGAUUAAUAAGAUUAGGAUUAGGUGAUCGAAUAACUUCAUGUUUAGAUGAUGUAUAUUAUGCAGUUGGACAAGGUGCUUUAGGAAUUGAAAUUAAAAAAAAUGACCAACAAAUAAAACAAAUUUUAAAAACCAUAGAAGAUCCAAUAGCAACAAUAUGUUGUUUAGCAGAAAGAUCAUUAAUGAGAUAUUUAGAAGGUGGAUGUUCAGUUCCAUUAGGUGUAAAUUCAUCCUUUAAUCCAGAAACUUCAAUAUUAAAUUUAAAAGGUGUAAUAGUAAGUCCAGAUGGUAAAAUAUCAAUUGAAGAUGAAAUAAAUAAAUCCAUCGAUAUUUCAAAUGAUGAAACCCUAAAAAGAGAUUGUGAAUUAGUUGGAAUUGAAUUAGGUGAUUUAUUAAAACAAAAAGGUGCAAAAGAAAUAUUAGAUAAAAUUGAUAUGACAAGAAAUAUAAAUGCAAGACCAACUGAAGUAUGA